GGGACCGGAGUAUGCAACCCGGGCGUGACAGCAUGAUAAGUUCGUCCAUUUGGACCGGGAUGUGAGGACCGCGCAAUGCAACACGGGCGUGCAGCUGGGGACCGGGAUGAUGCGACCGUGAGAUGCAACACGGGUGUGCAGCUGGGGACCGGAGAGAAUGAGACCGGGAUCAUGUACCCGGGCGCAAAACCGUACGGACAGCACGCUGGUAUUAUACCGCUCCAACCCGCGUCCCGCUUCAGACCCGCCUCCCGCUCCACGACCCGCGUCCAGGUAAGUUUUCUUCUCUUUUUCAACCCAGACCCGCAUACCCACGACCCGACCCAAACCAAAACCCCUUCCUAACCUAAUUUUCGGCCUCUCCCUCUCAUUUCUUGAUCUUUCACAAAUCUAAAAACCUCUCUAGCCUCCAAGAACCAAAAGCACCAUAUCUCACUCAAAUCUCCACCAAAUCAAUCCAUUCUUUUUCCUAAAUCAAAGUCUUUCUCCCAUUAGUCUACUUUCUUGAAUCCUUUCUUCAUUUUCCAUCAUCCAUAGCAAGGUACCAAUGGCAAAACAAACUCAAGCAGAGAUAGAGACUAAGAAGAGGAAGAAUGCUGAGAGAGAGACUGCUAGAACAGGGAAAGUGUUGGGUUCACAACCUGGUUCCGAGGAGGAACGUAGGCAGCAAGCUUUAGCCAUGCUCAAGAAGAAAACACAAGCCAAGACAGAUGGCAAAAGAAUUGCUGCUGAUGAGAGUGCGGCUGACAUUGCUCACAAGCAAGCCCCUCCCAAGAGAGCAAGAGCGCCAAGGGGUCAAGGUGGAGGAGCUCUUGUAUUGGAGAAAAGCAACCAAGAAGCUAAUCUUACCAUUUCAACUCAAGCUCCAAUACCACAGCCAAAACCACCUACUAAACGGCCCACUUCUCAGUUAGUUUGUGAGGAGGUGCAUCAAGACCAAGUCCGUAAGGAUCAGCAGUUGAGAGCAAAGCAGAAGAAAGAGGGCAAAAGACCAGUGGUUGAAGAGAGUGACAGUGAAAAAGCUGAGGAUCCCUCUCCAGACAGUGAUGAGGAUCAUGGCCCUCCCAAGAGGAAAAACUUCAAUGCUGGCAGAGAUAGGAAGAAGAAACCCACAGAAGCUGAGUUGGUGGAGCAAAUGAGGAAAGGUAUUGCUUGGCCUCCAACAAGAUUUGUGGACAGGUCCUUCUUACAGGCGUUGUAUCUUGAUGAUGAUGUUAAGGAGAUGCUAGAGUUCAUGAAGAUAGGCAGCUUCUAUUCAGUGGCUUACCAAACUUAUCCCGAGGUCUCUUGUCAGUUCUUAUCUACUCUUGAAGCAACAUUUCACACGAAGAAGAUUGCACAGCAAGGUUGGGGAAGAAUCACCUUUAAGAUCGCUGGUCAGUCUUACACCAUGUCCUUCACAGAGAUUGGAGAAGCUCUUGGCCUCCAUGAUGGGGGGAAUCCAGCUCUUCCUCAGCUCACCAAUGCGCCAAAAGGCAAAGGAAUCGAAGACCUAACUUGGAAAUUGAUAUCAGGGAAGGGAAGAGAGGGUAGGAAAGACAGAAGCACAGCCAUCAAGCACCCUACCAUUCGCUAUCUCCACAGAUUCCUUACCCACACCUUGUUCUACAAGAAGGAGGUGAGUAAUAUCGCCGGAGAGGAAUUGAGAUUUCUUCAUCAAGCUGUCCAACACUAUGCCUCCCACCCUCAGUUACCCAUUGUCCCUGAUGACUUCUACAGUGAUUUUGGUAUGGUGGGAUACUUUGUGACGCGCCUCAUGUACUAUAAGGAUUGGGCUUGGACAAACCGCGAUUCAGAACCUCAGAUUGGGAUCGGUGGCUGGAUAACCCCACUACUUGGUUACUUGGGGAUUGAUUUGGGAACUGAUAAAUCAGGUCCAGCUUACUUGAAUGGAAAGUACCUCAAGAAGGUCCAAUUCCUAGUAGGGACAUUAGAUGGAAGGUGUGUCUACUCAUACAAGAGACUCAACAAGAAAGCUGAGAUUGCUCUUCCCAACCACCCACUCACCACCUUGACAAGUCCGGGUGCAAUCAGGUUCGAUAUUGAUGAGGAGCACUUGCUCAAAUGCCAUGGAGCACUUGGCCCUGUGACUCAAACGCCAACAACAGGAAGCAGCGAAGAGGUAUAUCUUCAAGGGUACACAAGCAAGGCUACUGAACACCUUUUUGGCCCUCCUCGCUACAAGUUCGACCAGUUCACAGGUGCUUUACCUCUUGGCCCCCUUCGCGACGCUCAUGAUCAGAUCAGUACCCUCCAGAGGUGGAGCAGAGCUCAGGAUAGAACCAUUUACAAGCUCACCAACAAAUGUAAGGAACUGAGAAGAACUGUGAAGAGACAAGUUAAGGCCUCAGCUAUUUUCAUGAGAAAGGUGACUGAUGUUUUGACUAGAGGGGCUGUAGCUGGAUGUAAGGCAGAGGACUUUGACAUUGAUGCUCUCAUCACGCCCCCACCUCAGCCACUCUAUGACCCAUCCGCACCAGAAUCAAGGGAGCAGUCUCUCCGCCGCUUGAGAAACCCACACAUCUUCCCUUCAGAAUCAGGAAACAAAUCUCCUUCUCUCGACACCACUGAUGAAGAUGACAACUCCGAGGGCGAGGCAUCAGCCUCUUCUCACGGUCCAUAGAGGUACUCCAACACCUCCAUUGUAUAUACCAUUUUCAUCUGCAUUUAGAUUUUAUUUUGGUCAUCUCUCUCCACUUUUCACACAAGAGACUGUGUGAAUUAAGUGUGGGGGAGGUGCGAGUUGCUAAUGUUCUUGUGUUUUCUUGUCAUUUAGCAUGCAUUGUAUAUAGUUAUUGCAUAGAAAGCCCAUAAAAAUUUGAAAAAAUUGAAGAGCACAAAAAGAAGCAUCUAGUUGCAUCAUUUGCAUUUCAUUUUAGGAUUGAGUCUAGACGCAUUCAUAUAGGUUGCAUUCAUGCAUAAGGGGAUGAUUUUACCUUGUAAAGAUGCUCAUGCUAAGUUCUCAUUUUGGCAACCUUUGUAAUCAUGACAACUAGAUUGAGCAUUCUCUUGAUAGCUUGUAGACUUUGUGCCUUGAAUUCUCUUCUUGAAACUCAUUGGAUUGUUUGAAACUCUCUCUUUGAAGAUUGCUCCUGUCUUAUUUAAACUCAAUGUCUCUUGCUUAUGGUCAUUUGUGUGCUGAGUCAUGGCUUAUACACACUUGAAUUGUCCCAUGCUUUUUGCCAAUCUUUUUGACAAAUUCAAGUGGCACUCCACACCCUGGACCCAAAGCUUUCUUUCAAGCCUUCAUAGAUUGUUGAGUGAGGUCUUUUUGGAAAGCUUUGCAUGUGCAUAAUGUUGAGAGUAUCGGGGUCGACAAUGCUUAGUCUCCAUUUUAGCUAGAUUAAACACAUUUUUGUCUAGCACUUAGGAUUGGGUGGUGAGUGUUGUUGAUUUUAUCUUUGGGAGUAGGGUUUGGUUAAGAAAGAGAAGAUUAGACUUUUAGAACUCUAGAGUGAUUAUCUUGUCUCAAGGGAUAGUAAUCUGUGAUCCUUAGCUCAAAUAAUUAAUGUCUUGGCCCCCCCAAAAAAAAAAAGAAAUCAAAUUAAAAAAAAAAAGAGAAUAAAAAAUGAUGAAAAAAUGAAAAAAAAAGGGGGCUAGCAAAGUUUAGAAAGAGCUAAGUUGAAUCUAAAAAAAGAGAAGAUCCCUUGAUUGACUCCAUAAAAGAAAAGAGUUCUAUUUAAAGAAGUGUUUUGAGUUCUUUGGGAUAUCUUGGUGAGUGAUGAGAGUUGGGUUUUGGCAUUUGAAUUUGAAGUUUGAACUUGUAUAUGUAUGGGGAAGGGUAGAACAAUGGAGAUUGAGCAUUGUAUGCAUGAGUUGAUCCCUUUCUUAGAAAUAUUAUGUGCAUUACCAAAGCUACUUUGUUUUGAGAGUAAACCACCUUUAAAGAUUGUUUUGAACUUCUUAUUUCAUCAUUGAACAAAAACAUUUCCUUUCCAAACCAAAUGACUUGGACCUUUUGACCAUUUGCAAGAUUUUCUAUUGAGUUUGCUUAAUGAUUGUUAGAGAGUUGUUGGAUUUGGGUUUGUGGAAUCAUAAUGAUGAGUGUAGAGAUCAAAAGAGUUGAAUAGGCCUAGAGAAGUUAGAGAAGAACGGAAGUUUUGCUCUAGCUAGUUGUUAUGAUUAUGCAAGGUUGUUAGGAUGAGAGCUAAGAAGAGCAUCUUUUGGUUAUGAAAUCCCUGUUUUCAAACCUCUCCUCCUUGGUUCUUGAAAGUUUACUUGAGGACAAGUAAAGGACUAGUGUGGGGGACUUGAUAUCUUGCAUAUUUACAUGUUUUUAGCUUCCAUAUCUUAUGCAUUUUGAUCAUAUAGCUUAGAUUUUAGUGUCUUUAGGAUCCAUAUUGCAUUCAUAUGUCCCUAUCAGGUGUUGGAGCAUACUAUGAGAUGAUGUGAAGUGUUUAAGAGCUCAAAGAUCCAAAGGAGGUGAAGAAUGAAGCUCAGCAAACCAAGUACUCUCUUAGACUCGACUAGACCGGAAUGUCGAGACCGGAGUCACCAUGCCGGGCGUGGAGAGACAGGACCGGAUUGUGAGGACCGGGAAGUACACCCCGGGCGUGAAGCCAUGGACCGGGAUGGAGGACCGUGAAGAGCAAGCCGGGCGUGAGGCAGGACCGGGAUGCAGGACCGUGAUCACCAUGCCGGGCGUGAAGAGAAGAGAGUGUGGUCGAGGCUGGUUUUCUCAAACCGGUCCGGUUCGACCCAAUUCGACCUUGGGUCAUUUUAAACACUAUUUUGAAGUUCUAAUUAGCCCUAUACAAAGGGCAUUCUAGUCUUUUAUCAUAUGUGUCUCUCUUUACCCUAAACCUAAGUAUAAAUACUUGUAAUCUCCAUUUUGGAGAGAUUAUCUUAUUUUCUCUCUAAGAAACACAAAACCUUUUGGUGAAAGUUCUUACCUUGAAUCAAA